UUUUUUUUGUUGUUAAAAUUGAGUUUUAUAAUAGUGGUUUUUUUAGAGAAUGUGUGGUUAAAAAGUAAGAAACUGUUUUGAAUUUAUGAGCAAAAUCAGUUUACUAGGAGAAUUUGUGAUUGAAAAUGAAUUUGGAAAAAAAAAAAAAAAUGAAUUUUUUGAGAGUGGGGCUCAAGCAAGGGCAUAAUGUUCUUGAUUUUGGAUUUCUGAUUCAAAGUUUAGGUUUUGGUAUAGGGUUUUGGGGCGGUUUAGGGACUUUGCUACUAGCCAUUAUCCUAACACAUUGGGCGCUCUUGCCAUCCAUCCGUAUUCUUUCGUUAAGUACUGCCCUCUUUUCUCCCUAGAACCUACAGCGCUACACCAAGGUUUCCUCUUCCAUCUAGGAAUAUCUCCUCUUAUUCCCAACCGCCUUCUCUCUGUGCCCAAUUUGCCAUUUCCUGUUCAGUUUUUGGUGGUCAACUCUUUCAUCUUUUGUGCAAAGAAGUUUUGGGAAAAUGAAUGCUUCAAUGGCUAGUAAGAACACAUCAAAGGUUCAGGAACCCAAGAGAGCUUCUUCCAGUUUGAAGGAUCAGCCUCCUAGGAAACGACGGAAAGGGGAAAACCCAGUUCGAAUUCCACCAGCCACAGAGCCAUAUGCUGAUACUAAAUGUCCUAAUUCAUCUAUCUGUAUAAAUUCUGCAUGUCGAGCCACUAUUUCAACAGACGACAAAUUUUGCAAGAGGUGCUCUUGUUGCAUUUGUCAUUUAUUUGACGACAAUAAGGAUCCAAGUCUCUGGUUGGAAUGCAAGUCUGGAUCUGGUUUGGGGAACUCUUGUGGCUUAUCUUGCCACAUUGAAUGUGCCCUCCAAUGCGGGAAGGUGGGUGUUGUUAAUCUUGGACAGUUGAUGCAGCUGGAUGGAAGCUAUUGCUGUGCUUCCUGUGGUAAUGUUUCUGAGAUACUUGGAUGCUGGAAGAAGCAGUUAACUAUAGCUAAGGAUGCUCGUCGUGUAGAUAUUCUCUGUUAUAGAAUAUUUUUGAGUUACAGGCUCUUGGAAGGGACUUCCACGUUUAAAGAACUCCAUCAAAUUGUCAAAGAAGCUAAGGACAAAUUGGAGACGGAGGUGGGUCCUGUGAAUGAUUCAGCCAAAAUGGCACGGGGAAUAGUCAGCACGCUCUCAAUAGCCAGUGAUGUGCAGAAUCUCUGUUCUCUUGCUAUUGAGAAAGCCGAUGGAUGGCUGGCCUCAAAGUGUAGCACAAACCUAAAUAGCAUUGCAAAUCUACAAAAGGAGAAUUCAGAUGAUGGAGGAAGGUCUUGUGCGAAGCGUGCCAAGAGUGCAACAGACAUUGAACCCGAAUCCUCAUUCAAGAUUCAAGACCUAGGGAAGAUCUCGAGGCUGGCAUGGGGUCAAGAACAAGGGAAUCAUAAUUUUCUUAGACCAGACGCUGCACUUGAAGACACGUUGAAAUCCAUUCCAGGGGACAUUGACUUGAAUGUUUCUCCGGUGCCUGAUCUGAAUAUAGAGUUUAUGCCUCCAGUCGAGCCACCUAGAGACAGCUGGAACCACACAAAAACUGAUGAAGCACCGGUUGUUGACUCGGAGGUGGAAGGUUGCCCAAAGACUACUCAUAAAACCAUGGAGAUGCAGGAUUCCGGUAGCAAUAUGAGCAAUGCAACACCAUCCCAAGCCGGGAAUAUGGCUGGAAGCUUGGGUGAGAACUUUGAAUACUGUCUUAAAACCAUUCGUUGGUUGGAAUGCAAUGGCCAUAUUAAGACGGAGUUCAGAAAGAAGUUUCUGACGUGGUUCAGCUUGAGAUCAACUGAGAAGGAACGUCGAGUAGUCCACUCUUUUAUACAGAUUCUAAUAGAAGAUCCAAGUAGUUUGGCGGAUCAGUUGAUUCAUACUUUUUCCAAAAUCAUAGGAGUGUCCAUUUAGAUGCAUGACUUGGUUUUAGGCAUUCGCUGGUCCAAUUCAUGACAUGGCUUAGCUUUUCUUAGAUGUUGAAUUAGUCCUGAACUAUCAAUUUUUUCCCAAAUUGGGAUUUCUUUUCUUUGCAAAUUCAGAAUUAAUAGAGUAAUAUUAUAAAGGAAUCAA